GUCAGUACCAGCGCGCGUGGACUGCAGCAGGUCCGUCGGAUGCACAGUGCUUCGCAUCGCUUCGUGGAUUACAACGACAUUAAUGUGUACUUUGAACAUUUUGUUGUAUUUUAUUGUGGCUUUAUUAGUGUGUUCAAGGGAGGAUCCGUGACUGUGCGGUGUUCAUAUUUUUAUGCGCUAUUUCUUUCACAUUGAGAAAAAAUGUUGGCCAUGAACAGGAAUUUCGCUUCAGUUUUGAACGUACGAUUUGGAUUAGUGGUUCCCUCCAUCAUGCCGGAGUUGGUGGACAAGCUACUGCUUCAGAGAGUGUGAGCUCCACUGAACUGCGGGGAUGAACAUGCCAUUGCACCAGAUCUCUGUCAUCCCUCGUGAUGUCACUUCCUCCCGGUUGUCCAGCAGUGGGAAGGCAAAAGAGAAAGACAAACAGAACGAGAAACCGCUUGGUCAUUCUGCUAGCAGGUCCAGCAACAUUUCAAAGGCAGGAAGCCCAACCUCUGUUAAUGCGCCAUACAGCUUCCCGAGAACUUCAGUGACGCCCUCAAACCAGGAUAUCUGCAGGAUUUGUCACUGUGAGGGGGAUGAAGAAAGCCCACUGAUAACACCCUGUCACUGUACUGGAAGUCUGAGGUUUGUCCAUCAGUCCUGCCUGCAGCAGUGGAUCAAGAGCUCAGACACGCGCUGCUGUGAGCUCUGCAAAUAUGACUUCAUCAUGGAGACCAAACUCAAGCCCCUACGCAAGUGGGAGAAGCUUCAGAUGACAGCCAGCGAGAGGAGAAAGAUCAUGUGCUCUGUCACUUUCCACGUCAUCGCCAUCACCUGUGUGGUCUGGUCGCUCUACGUCCUCAUUGACCGCACGGCGGAAGAGAUCAAGCAAGCCGGGAGAAUACCAGGAAUAUUGGAAUGGCCUUUUUGGACCAAACUGGUGGUGGUGGCCAUAGGCUUCACUGGUGGACUAGUGUUCAUGUACGUGCAAUGCAAAGUCUACAUGCAGUUGUGGAAGAGACUGAAGGCUUACAACAGAGUAAUAUAUGUGCAGAACCGUCCAGAGACCUGUAAAAAGAAUGUUUUCGAUAAGCCCUCUCUUCUGGAGCCGAACCUGGAGAAUAAAGAGGCCCUCGGCCCGGCGCAGUCAGAUACAAACUCUUCGCAGUACACAGAGACAGAAGACUACAGUAUGGAGAUUCUGCACGUUUGAGCAUUUGGCCCACAUACUGUGCACCCUCUGGUGGAAAGACUCGUGCAUUGCAUCCUCCAGGACACAAGGGGGUACCGGGCACACAGACUGAGACCGAACUCAUUUUGUGUUUAGAUGUUCUUUUUUCUUCGUUUGUCGGAUCUGUUCCUGUAAGUUGUCGGCUAACCAUAACGAAUCGGUGUGCGCUAGAUCUUGAAUCAUUCCAACUACUGCCGUUUGUACCGCUGUCGUACAUGAUUUGAAAUUAAUCCACCAUUCGAGGUGUGUUUGUGUGGGCGCACUGGUUCUAAUGAAGUCCAUAACGAUGCAUAUAAGCACUUUUUAUUUCCCUGUUCUGAAGACCACUCUUUUAAAUUCCUUUAUACGUGAAUUCAAACCAACUUGAAGAUUUGAGAAUAAGAUGUCACAUUUUAUACAGUAGUUGCAUUUGUAUCUCAGAGGACCUUUUUGGAUGGAAAACAAAAAGAAUCUGAAGGAGCAAUGAGGGAAUAUUUAUGUCUUAUUAUGUAACCAUUCCACUUUACAUAAACUACAAAAACUUUGUUUAAAAAAUAAAAAUAUGUGUUAUUGUGAAAUUGAAAUGACCCAGAUUUCGUCUGGAUCAUUUAAAGGCUAAAACUAUUUAUCAAGGGCUAGAUUUAUUAAAGCUAUCAAAACAAAGUCUUUGCAAAAACAGUACCAUAAAUUAAUGGCUAUGCUACUGAUUUUUGCAUUUGUUUAAAAUACUUUAGUAAAUCAGGCCUUUAGUGUAUGUUGGCUUACAGAAUGUAAUAUUUAGUUUUACCAGUCAUGUGACCUUUUUUUAAGGUAAUGAUCUCCAGUGUAGCAUCAUGCAACCUUGGCAACGAAUGAAAGUUUCUAUGUCUUCAUUGGUUUGUAUAAUUUUAAUUAUCCUUUGGGAAAUUUGCGAGUUGUAAUGUUUUCCAAACACAUUUUGUUUUUCCAUAAAUCAGUAAAAAAAUUGACAUCUGGCACAAAUUGCUGUUUUCUGCUGUCCGCACCUUCUUAAGUUGCUGUGUAAAAUUUAGGUUGGUUUUUAAAUCGUAGCUUGAACAGCAGAAAUGGCAGAUUAAAUUAUUAAUUAGUAUUAAAUAAUGUUCUAGAUAAUAAAUAAUGACUUGAAUUAGCCAAUCUAUUUACAUUUAUAUAUGUUAUGCUUGUUGGCAUAUAUGUUGUUUUAAAACAGGCAUAGCAGAUUUCCCAUUGGUAUUAUUUCAGGUUGUAUUUAUUAGGUAUGUUUUUUUAGUGUUUUUAAGUGGCUUUAAAUGUUGGAAAAUAGCCAUGUUAGUUUUGGCCUUCGUUCUAACAUUUUCUUUUUAAUGACCUUGACAUGCACCUUUGCUGGAUAUCCCCAACAAUAAUAUACACAUGCACUGCUUCUUAUGAAAUAUGUGUUUUGAAUCAUUUACGAUCUGUUUUUUUAUCAACCCACUUCUGCCAUCUAGAGCUACUGCACAAACAAUGCACAUUCAUAAUUUUUAUUCUCUUUCUGACCAAUAAAAUAUGAUCAAUGUUCUGUUUGUUAUUGAUAUAA